UCCAAGUCAGUCCUCCGCCUCCAGAGUUGCAGCCGGGCCGACCAGACAUGGCGCUCAAGCUCGCUGUUCUUGCUGCCGUCUUGGCCAUCUCUACUGCUGAGUACGCCGCCGCCGCCUACGGCACCCGUGCCUAUGCUGCCCCAGCCUACGGCACGCACGCCUAUGCCGCCCCCGCCUACGCCGCCCCCGCCUACGCCGCCCCCGCCUACGCCGCCGCGCCAGCCUAUUCUACACACACCUAUGCCGCCGCCCCAGCUAUCGCUGCCGCCCCAGCUAUCGCUGCCGCCCCAGCCUACUCUACACACACCUAUGCCGCCGCCCCAGCUAUCGCCGCCGCCCCAGCUUAUGCUCCAGCAUAUGCCGCUACCUACGCUCCGACUUACGCCGCCCCCGCCGUCGCCAAAGUGGCGGCUCCCGUCGCUGUGGGCGCUGACUUCAACCCGCACCCCAGGUACAGCUACGCCUACAGCGUGCAGGACGCGUUGACGGGCGACAACAAGGCGCAGCAGGAGACCCGAGACGGAGACGUGGUGCAAGGAAGCUACACCCUCAUCGAGCCUGACGGCACCCGCCGCACGGUCGAUUACACCGCCGACCCCGUCAGCGGCUUCAACGCCGUCGUGCACAAGGAGCCCCUGGGUGUCGCCAAGGUCGCCGCCGCCGCCGCGGCUCCCGCCCUCGCGUACGCCGCCCCUGCCAUCACCAAGGCGUACGCCGCCCCCGCACUUGCCUACGCAGCCGCCGCUCCGGCCAUCUCGUACGCCGCCCCCGCCAUUGCCAGGUACCCCGCGGCGCCUGCCCUGAGCUACGCCGCUCCCGCCUACGCCAGGUACCCCGCGGCGCCUGCCCCGAGCUACGCCGCCCCCAUCACCAAGUACGCCGCGGCUCCAGCCGUCUCUUACGCGGCGCCGGCCCUUUCUUACGCCAGUUACGCCGCCGCUCCAGCCCUCAGCUACGCCGCCCCUUUGGCGAGGUACCCCGCCGCCCCCGCGCUGGCGUACGGCGCCCCGGCCGUGGCCAAGGUCGCCGCCCCAGCCAUCACUAAGGCGUACGCCCCUGCCUACGCCGGCCCGGCCGCCUACUCCUUCCACGCGUCGUUCAGCUCGCCCUACGUCAGCUACGCGUACUGACGAGGCGCUCAGCCGUCGUGCCACCCCUCCUUCCCCCCCUUCUUCCAAGUGAGCCUGUGUUGUUGCUUGUCCUCGUGUUGAUGUCUAGUGUGCCAUUCAUGCCAUUUGCUUUUGUAAAUAUGUAUUUACUUCGACUAUGUUGAUGUCGUGCUCAAAUGAUUGUACUUAGCUGUAGAUAAUAAAAUAUUUUCUUAUUGUA